AUGAACAAGGUUCAGGUGGGUGACGUCUCCAUUGUUCCGCCUGCGCCCGGUGUGGCAGCCCAGACAGCGGUAGUCGUGAUGGCAGUCCCGGAGAGCAUGGACACUCAUGGGGAGAAGCGGCUCUCGGCUAAUGAGCUGUCGGUCUUUUCCUGCCCGGGGGGCAGAGACAGGCUUCCGGGGGAUAGUCGAGACAAUUCGCCGAGACAAGAGCCGUCUGUGGCCGCCCCACCGACUGUUCAUCGGACCACAUCUUUUUCAGUUCUGGACAUUUUGGACCCAAACAAAUUUACCAGUAAAAAACAUCAGAACAGGACUGGAAGUGACUACUCCAUCGGGACAGAGAACAGAGGGGGAGAAGACUCAAAUCUAUCAUUAGAUCAGAAAAAUUAUUCAGAAGAAUAUGAUUCUUGUAAAAAAUCAUCAGGAUUACUAAAGGACGGGUUCGUGUACAAAUCAGACGAAUGCGAGAAUGACUUCAGCAGAAGCACUCACACUGACAGCGAGAUUCAGGACGAGCUGUGCAGCGAGGAAAGUAGUGGUGCUCUUGUCGGCAACGUGGACACGGACCUGGGACACCACGAGGAGGACCUGGUAACCCGGAGCUCAAGUCCCGGUUGUCAGCAAACACAGCAGCCCGGACAGAACGGACAGAGUCAGCAAGCCAAACCGAAAAGAAAGCGCUCUGGGUCGGACUCCAAGUCGGGUAAACCCCGGAGGGCCCGGACAGCCUUCACAUACGAACAACUUGUGGCACUGGAGAACAAAUUUAAGUCUACCAGAUACCUGUCCGUCUGUGAGCGGCUCAAUUUGGCCCUGUCCCUCAGUUUGACAGAGACUCAAGUCAAGAUCUGGUUCCAGAAUCGUCGGACCAAGUGGAAGAAACAGAACCCAGGCGCAGAUACUAGCGCCCCGACGGGCGGUGGCGGUGGUGGUCCGAACGGAUCGAGCAAUGUAGGAGGGCUUAGUCCGCUAAGUCCGUCUCCCCCCAUGAGCGGUCAUCUGUCAAUGCACACAGGCUACCCGGGUCACACACCCGGUGGACUUGUCUGUACCACCCAAUUACCCUUUCUGCCAAGUCACGCGGUACUGUCACCUUUCAUGCUGGGAUCUCAGACUUAUGGUGCGCCGGCAUUUUACAGCCCGCACUUGUAA